AAAUAGGAUGCAGAUUAAGGAAGUGAAAUUAUAAGAUAUAUUUCCAUAUGUAAACACCUGGGCAUUGUGAAAUGGCUGCAGCUAUUGUUGGCAAAACAGAAGUAGGUGUGAAUGAAUUCGGACGAGAUGUGGAAGUUCCUGAAAAUCCUAUAGCAAAACUAAUGUACUAUUUUGAUAGUAUUUGCUAUGCAAUGGAUAUGAAUCGGCAGGCAAGUCCGGAUAAAAUUCAAAAGUUGAGAAAUUAUUCUCGUUACAGGCAGUUGACUGAUGAUGAUAGGGAUCUUCUUUUGUUGCUUUGCGUUCGAUUUUCUCCUGACGAACUUAUAAACAAAUGCCUUUUCCUAGACGACGAAAUGUGUGGCAACGACAUUAACAAGUUUUACAAACUGGGAGCCGUCCGUCAUCGGUUUUUGAUCACAGAAGAAAUCAUUAUUGGCGGCCAGACUACCCAUGUCAAGCAAAUUCUAUGCUUUCGAAAAAUGUGGUUGGAAUACUGCUAUUUGGAACCAAUGAAGAAUGUUGAGAAAGAAUUGCGAUCUAUUGCUGGUAAACUUACAGGUAGACCUCAAUCCGGCGCAAACAGAGAAACACAAGCGGGAGCUGUCCAGCAGCGUAGACCUCGCCCAGAUGAUGCUGGACAACAACAGAGACGACAACUGAGGACACAACCUACCCCGGCACCACCUCCGCCACCAGAAGAAAAGAAAAAAGAUUGCGUAGUAAUGUAACUGAAAUGUGCGGGUUAGAUUGACACUGUAAUUAUCAGUAGAAGUUAUUUGGUUUCCGUAAUUGUUAUAUUUGGCAUGCAUGUAUCUAUGAAAAACGUAUUUUUUCACUCUAUAUUUAUUGUUGAGGAAAUUUAAAGAUGAAUAGCCAAUUGUUUCAUGUACAACCAAAUUAACCUAAUUUGAUUUUUAAACUUCCUCAUAACGUCGAUGGUAGAAAAGGGCUAUUUACGCGCACACUGCUCUCUCGAUUUAUAUCAUGUAUUUUCUUAUUGAAAGACCGUUUAUCGUCGUGUUUGGUGUAAACACUUGCAGCGCACAGUUCAUGCCUAUACUUAGUUUCCAUUCAUUUCAAACUUCAGCUAUUGUUACAUAUCUGUUGUCAUCUGUGACACAGAAAUGCCAUAACGGCCAACCAAAUAAUGAUACCGUCCGUUUACAACAUUCCAAGGGAUGACUUCCAACUUUACCACUCAGAACCCUUGGUUCAAUAGCUACCUUGUAAGCAGCAAUCAUCUAUUAAUUAAAUCCUGAUGGGGAAACACAAGCUCUAGAAUAUUGUAUCAACUGGGGGAUAUAUACUCUUUAUGCAGGCGCUGUUGGAAUGUUGCUACAUAGAAAUGAAAAGUUCAUAAUAGGAAAGCUAAAUCCUCCCUUUUGUCGUAAAGUUAAGUCUCAACUGACCCUUUUUGUUGAUUUCCAGAUGUAAGUCAAGAUAUGAGACAGCAUAAGUGUACCUUUGACAUACCUUAUUUCAAGUUUGGUGGGAUAGAAGCGUUCAACAUAGUCAUUCAAUUUUGAAAUAUUUAGUGAGAGGACACCAUCUAUAUAGUGGAACGUGAAGUUAAAGGAUAAUGCUAAUUUCUUUUCAUUCUUCCUGAAUUGCUCCCAUAUGAAGUCAAUCUGCCACAUAUGAAUAAAGGAACAAUUCUGCAACAAGAAAAGCACAAUUGGUUUGCAAAGGAAUGCAGAUUGUCUGUUGAAAAAUACGUCAUCCAAACGUAUCAAAUAUGAUGUGUAUUAAAAAAAAAAAUUUGAUGUUGUAAAUAUUCAAAAUUAUCAAAAUAUCGAAAUUUUACAUUUUGUUCCCAAGGUAUAAUCUAGAUGUAGUAAAUCCUGGCCGAAGAAACCAGGUGUUUUUGUUACGUUAGAUCCGGUAUUAAAGAGACUUAAAUUUUCUCCCUAGAACUUAAUUUACGUUCGAGUCUUAUAAUAAUUACAGUUCCUCACCUUCAUCUGUAUUUUUAGGCGGAUUUAGGGGGGGGGGGGGGCAGGCGGCCCGGGCACCCCUUAUGGAGCUACAUAUAUGGUAAAUGAAUAUACUUUUUACAAGCAUCAGUCCAAACGUUGGCUAACUAGCCCCCCCUUCCCUUUUCAAAAUCCUGGAUCCUCACUUGAAUUUGUGAAAAUGCAUCAAAAUUGCUUGUCAACAGCAACAGAAAUUCAACAGCCUUAAAUGACUUUAAAUUUACGGAUAAAUGUAAAAUUGUCAAUACAUUUUUAAAGUGCAUGUAUAUUAUUUAGACUUGUAUUAAUAUUCAAAUAUAUAGGUUUCAUCAACGCUAGGUUUUCACCAUAAAUCAAAUGAAAUAAAUAUAUUUGAAAUACACCUAUCUAAACUUAAAUUGAUAUUAACCACUGCUAUUAGCCAUGUAGAAUCAAUGUUCAUCAUUCGUAAUUAAGGUACUGUUAAUACAUGUAAUUUGAAAAUUGUAGUUAUGAAUAUCAAGUUUAUAAUGCAGUGUAUUUCGUAGGAAAACAUUUUCUAUUGAAAUUUGUUUUAGUUUUUACUAAAUAACAGACUGCAAUCUAUAAGUAUUGAAUUCUAGAAACUCAGCUUUACGAGAACAGAUUUGAAAACAACCAUACUGUAUGUAGACUAUUGCAAGGAGUAUUCCUAAAUAUCCCCUGUCCUUUUUAAAUCAGGAACUUGUGAAAGGAGAAUGUUACUUUUUUAUAUAAUUGUUAAACAUUCAUUCGACUUUUGGUGGUCAAGAUAUAAAAAAAAUCAGCUUUGUGGUUUUAAUGUUUAAAGGUAUCCGAACCUUACUGUUUCAGCGUUAUGUUUCCUCUCCCCCGAACAUUACUGAAUUCCUGGCAAUUUCUUUGUGGAUAAAGUAGUAUUUUUAUGGUAUGUCAAAGUAAAACAGACUUUUUGUAUCAUAGAUUUUGAGGACUUAAUUUACAUAUCUGUUACUCUAGAAACGUGUAUAUCAUUUUUUUGAAGUACAUUCUGUCUUUUAAUGGUACAUGGACAUCAAUUUCAACUUUUGAGAAAAUACGUUAAAUUUAUUUUUGGAUUUAAUUGAAUUAUGUCUUUGAACAGAGGUUUUAGAGAGGUCAAUCAAAUUUCAAGCCAAAAGGGAAUGGAAAGGAAAAGAAAAGGUUUCUGUUUUUUCUUGAAUAGCAGAACUUGAAAUGUUAUUAUUAAUUCCGGGCAUUGGACUUAAACAUGUACUUCAAAACAAACGUAGCCCUUCUCUUUGACGGUAACAUGGUUGUGUAUUUGUUUUUAUUAACAGAGAGCAUAUCAUUGUUUAUAUUUAGUGCAUAUAUAUUUUUUGAAGUUUUUAUUAUUUGCGAUUGAUUGUAAUAUUUGAAGAGAUUUUAUAAAUUUCAAUGAUUAAUAAGUUUACUUUUUAAAUGUUAAUACUUAUAUAGUAGUUAUAUUAAAAGCAUGUACACGAAGAAAACAUAA